AUGGCCAAGCCGACACGACGCACGGCCACCGCGCCCUCCGACUCCGACUCUGAGUCCGUCAUUUUGCCUCCCUCCAAUACCAAGACCGAGCUCUACGAGGACGAAGCCGCGUUCUCUCAGGGAUAUGGCGGGUCCCGUCGCGGAGUCGCGAGUAACGAUAAGAGCGAUGACUCGGACGAUGACGAUUCGGACGACGAUGCACCACCUGUGCAGAGAAUGACGUUCAAGAGCGCCCCGCCAAAGCCAGCAGUGAGCGCCAGCAAGUCCAGUACAAGCAAACCCAGCUCCUCCUCUAGCUCGUCGGACGAGGACAGCGACAGCGACAGCUCGAGCGAAGAGGAGUCUGCCAGCGACGAUGACAGUGAUAGCGACGACGAAGACGGCGAUAAGAGCGCCUCGGAGAAGCCAUCAAUCUCAAGAAAGAAGGCCAAGGCGACGGGCGCCCCCGCAAAACUAGACACCGGCGACUCCAACGAUUCGGACGACGACAGCGACAGCAGCUCGUCUGGCAGCGACUCCGACUCAGAGUCUGACUCCGACUCCGAGCCUAACGACGCUGAGAGCGAGGGCGCCGACGUCCCAAUCAGCAAGGUUGACGAGGCUGAGGAGACCAGCAAUCCAGAGGAUGACGCGGAUGGGGCGGAGGACGAUGCAGACGAUCCGGCUGUUACGGCCUCUGGAGCGGCCGCCAGCGACGAGGUCGAGAGCUCGGAUGACGACAUUGAGGACAUCCCGAGUGUUCUCCCACAAGGCUCGCGCCGGGACGUUGCGGGUGACGCUGAAUCCGAUGAGGCCGGAGACGAGGAGCCAACAGCAGAACAGCCAAGCGACGAAGUACCACCGAUUGCGUCUCACUCAGUACGAACACAGAAUCGUGCUGUACGUCAACGAUCCAAACGACAAGUUGCCAAGGCGCCUUACGUCUCAGACCUAGACCAGACUGCUGCGCCAGAAGAAACUGUAUCCUCGGCCUUGGGCGGCGCUGUGAACAGCGGAGAACCGGCAGCUGAGUCUGCCGAGGUUAUAGGACGUCAAAAUGUACCAGCAACACCAGACGAACGGCCAGCUACAAUAUCCCCACGGAAACGGAAACGAGCCGCUGCGGAAGUGGCGGAAGGCGCUGGCGAAGCGAAGCCAGAGACACCCGUCCCACGCAGCGCAAAAAAGCGGGCCGCCGAACGGACACCUGCCUCGCGGGUCUCUGUUGCGGCAUCUGCUGGAGGUGGAAGCUCGUCGAAGAAGGGGCCCCAGGGCAACUUUGAGCCACACGAGGUGGAAUUGCUGAAAGACGCUGCGGCCAAGUACAUGGAGGAGAACCAAAUUUCACAAGCAGACUUUAACGAGCUGGUCCACGACAAUGCCCAGAAACACUCCGCCCUUUGGGAUGCUAUGGCCUUCGACUUCCCAAAUAAAAAGCGGUUGCAGGUCAUUCUGCGGUGUCGUCGUAUCUUCCACAACUUCAAGCAACGCUAUCACUGGACAGACGACCAAGACGCUGAGCUCGCGGGGCUCGUGGCCAAGCAUGGCAACAAAUGGUCGGUGAUUGGCGCCGCCAUGGACCGGUCGAGCGAAGAUGUGCGCAAGCGCUGGGACGAACGCGUGGCGUGCGGCGACAAUGUGCUCCUGUCAUACUGGCGGUUCGAGGAGGAGAAGUGGCUGGGCCAGAUCGUCGGCCAGAUCCUACGUGAAGUGCAGAGCUCACGCAACCAAGACACGUCAACGCUGCAGCCAUCGGCUGUGCGCGAUAUUCCCUGGCACGUGGUGAGCGAGCGCAUGGGUCAUACACGGACGGCUCGGCAGUGUCGCAUCAAGUGGCGGCAGAUCCACGAAGCCUACCACUUCAACGAGGAUGGAGAGUUUGUGGGCCCGCCUGCCCCGGUCGAGCUGUCCAACAGCCAGAUCAAAGCCCAAAAGAUGCACGGCCAGUUCGGUUCAGCGCCAGCGAAAGGCACACCCAAGGAUACACCUGCGAAAACCAGCCUGCCGCUGCUCGGCAUCACGCCCGACGAGGAUGGCCUCACAGUACCCGAAACAGAGCGCCCCAUCAAUGACCGCACACGGAAACAGGUGCGUUCCAUGUCGACCGAGGACAAGCACCAGCUUGUACUCUCAAUCCGCGAGUCCAAUGUUGGGCGCGAAGACAAGAUCCCUUGGACGCGCAUCGUCGACGCACCCUACCGGAAAAAAUACAACCGAGCAGCGCGUGAGCUGGUGUGGAGCCGGCUGAAGCGGUCCGUCCCGAACUACCAUCGCAAGUCUGUGCGCCAGAUCUGCGAGGCUCUGAUCAAGGAGUACGAUGCGAACGCAGCCGUCGGCCAAGCCUGGGAUAUGAACUACGACGACAAUGACGAAGACAACGAAGUCGAAACCAAUGCCGGUGCAGAGGGUGAAGAGGCGGCGGCAGAUGGCGCUGCCGAAGCAAACGAGGGCAGUGACUCGUCCGCGAUUCCUUCUUCGGGCGCGGUUGUACGCGCCAUGGCCGCUGCCAAAGGCGGUAAGUCCAAGAUUACAAGUGGCACCUAUGCCAACCCCGCUGAGUCACAAUCGUCCACGGGAGAGGCAGCCGAGGCUCUGGUACAACCACGCUCACGCACACGGAAGGGACGAGCGGUCAAGGCAAACGGCAACGCCGAGAGGCACGUAUCUGAGUCGGAGGCAGAGGACGUUCCGGCCGAGCAUACGAAUGGGACAGGAGGUCGGCGACGAGGCACCAGGCUCCCCAACACCGCUGUAAUUAGAGUCAAAAAGGCCGAGAAGCUCGCCGACAUCUACGCAGACUUUGAGGGUGCAAGCACACCGUCCAACUCGCAGCCAAACGCACAUCCGGAGGAUAUUGAAGACGUCUACGACGACGGCGGCGGCGGCGAAAAUACUGGCCGGCAUGCCCGCGCAGCAAGCGUCGACCUUAGCAUGGGCGAAAAGCUGACGAGGGCAGACGCCGGGAACGGGGAAGAAGAAGAACAGGAAGGGGACAACGACGGAACCGACGGAGAGAUGCCACUGACAUUGUCCCUGUCACCGGGUCUGGCACACCACAAGCCGACAGCACGCAGUCGGCCGCUCAACGUUCUGAAACAGCGGCGCAGCGACGCUCCCGAAACCAAUGGCACCGCCCAGGCCAGCCGCUUUCUUCCGGCAGAUGGCACACCAUCGGCGGCCUCCAAACUCACACCACUACGGCCCGGCGAGGUACGGCGCACAAAGAAGCGCUCACUGGCGUCGGCCCAGUGGAUCCCGAAUCCUGACAGUGAUGGCGAGGAAGAGGGCCCCGGUCCCAGCAUUGUCGACGACAUUGAAGACGUCAGCGACAACGGCCAGACCCGAUCCAACGGCGGUGGAAGCCUCACAUCGCGCGCCGCCCGUGCCGCGCUGUCUCUGUUGCCACGGUCUUCCAAGCGGGUGCGGCAAGAGUAA